AUGAAUAACAACAAAGUGAAAUUGAUGUGCAAUUAUGGAGGAAAGAUUCAGCCAAGGCCAUCGGACCAUCAACUCUCCUAUAUCGGAGGCGACAUCAAAAUCCUCACUGUCGAUUGUAACAUUAAGUUCUCCGAAAUGGCAGGAAAACUAAAUUCCCUCUGCAACAUCAAUGACAAUUCUGAGGUUUGCAUAAAGUACCAGUUGCCCGGCGAGGAUCUUGACUCGCUGGUCUCCUUAAUCAACGAUGAGGACGUCGAGCAAAUGAUGGUGGAGUACGACCGCAUGCUCACAAUUUCAACCAAACCCGUCCGACUCAGGCUUUUCGUCUUCGAUAUUUCAAGUCCUCGAAUCCCUACUGCGAAUUCAGGUUUGAAAAAAUCGGGUCCGGGCACGUCUCUGAACCCGGACUAUUUAUUUGGGUUUGAUAAGGAGUAUCAGCCGAGUAUUGGGCCUCCGGUAGAUAUUCUGCAAAUUCCGGGUAUGGUUUUGACCGGGAACUUCGGGGUGGAUGCAGGUGCCGAAAUUGAGGUGAAAAGAGAAAUGAAUAAUUCAGUAAUUUGA